AUGGACGUGGGAAUCACGGAACAUGGCGUAUUGGAGUUGGAGCGUAUAUUUGAGGGAACCAUCAAACCAACAGAUCUAAAGUUAUCAGCUCUACAGAGCAUCACCGGAAAUUUCUCACAAGAGCGAAUAGUUGGUACGGGCGGAUUUGGAACCUUAUACAAGGGUGUCCUUCGAAAUGGAGAAGUUGCUGUCAAGAGGAUAAAGAGCAACCAUACAAUUGAUGAGAAUGUAUUUCGUCGGGAGGUUAACAGCUUAUUGCAUGUCAGCCAUAAGAAUAUAGUUCGGUUUCUUGGCUUCUGUUCUCACACAGAACAUAAAGUAUUCGAAAAUGAAGGAUCAAGAGAUUACAUUUAUGCAGAGGAUAGAGAAAGAAUACUCUGUUUUGAGUACAUCAACAACGGAAGUCUUGAAAAAUAUAUUACAGAUGAAUUAAGAGGGCUUCAAUGGGACACUCGCUUUUUAAUAAUAAAGGGAAUAUGCGAUGGUCUGCAGUAUCUUCAUAUGGAAAAGCAAAUUAUUCAUAGGGAUCUGAAGCCAGCGAACAUACUAAUAGAUUAUAAUAUGGUAGCCAAAAUAACUGAUUUUGGUUUAUCAAGAAUGGAGGAAAAUGCACAAACCAAAAGUACAACCCGGGUUUCAUCACCAGGAUACACCGCUCCAGAAUACAUAGACAAAGGCAAAAUGUCAGUCAAGUAUGACGUGUAUAGCUUGGGAAUCAUAAUAAUCGAACUGGUGACAGGACAUAGGAGUAUUCCCGACAGUAAUAAUGUAAGUGUUUUUUAUAUUGUAGGUGGCCUCCUUUUACAGAUAUAG